UAUAGUCUACUAACACAACUACCCUAAACUUCAUUCAACAAAGAGCUCAGAAAGCAAUGGAGGCUUCCAGCUUUACUCUCAAGCCAUGGAGUCCUUGCAUCUUCCUUUGCCUUCUCGCCUUCCAGACUCUCCUAGCUUCUUUUGCAGCAGCUGAAACUCACUACCAUGAAUUUGUUGUUGAAGCAAAGCCAGUGAAGAGGCUGUGCAGAACCCACACCAUAAUCACAGUCAAUGGCCAAUUCCCAGGACCAAAUUUGGAAGUCAGAAAUGGAGAUUCUCUUGCUAUCAAAGUUACAAACAGAGCAAAAUACAAUAUCACUAUCCACUGGCAUGGAGUAAGGCAGCUAAGAAAUCCAUGGGCAGAUGGACCUGAAUAUAUCACACAGUGUCCCAUCCAGCCAGGAGCCACUUACACAUACCGCUUCACAAUUCAAGACCAAGAAGGCACUUUGUGGUGGCAUGCACACAGCCAAUGGCUUAGAGCCACUGUCUAUGGAGCCCUCAUUAUCUAUCCUAGAUUAGGUUCUCCAUACCCCUUCUCAAUGCCCAAGAAAGAAUUUCCCCUUCUUCUCGGUGAAUGGUGGGAUAGGAACCCACUAGAUGUCCAGAGGCUGGCACAAUUCACAGGAGGAGCACCCAAUGCCUCUGAUGCAUAUACCAUAAAUGGUCAGCCUGGUGAUCUCUAUAGAUGCUCCAAACAAGAAACUGUGAGAAUUCCAGUGGAAUCCGGCGAGACAAUUCUCCUGAGAAUCAUCAACUCUGCACUCAAUCAAGAACUGUUCUUCGCCAUUGCCAACCAUAGAUUGACUGUUGUGAGUGCUGAUGCAGCCUACACCAAACCUUUCACAACCAGACUCAUUAUGAUAGGACCUGGCCAAACUACAGAUGUCCUCCUCACGGCUGAUCAGCCCCCUGCUCACUAUUAUGCUGCUGCACGUGUCUAUCAGACUGCUCAAAAUGCACCCUUCGACAACACCACCACCACUGCCAUCCUUGAAUACAAGUCUGCUGCUGCUUGUGAUUCAAAGAAAGGGAAAUUUUCAGCACCAGUACUGCCAUCAUUACCGGCCUUCAAUGACACAGCAACCGCAACUGCAUAUAAUGUUCAGAUAAAGAGCCCUUCCCGGGUCCAAAUCCCUACGCAGAUCGACAAUAACCUAUUUUUCAUUGUAGGUUUGGGACUAAUUAACUGCACAGUUCCUAACAGCCCUCGGUGUCAAGGACCAAACAAUACCCGCUUUACAGCUAGCAUGAACAAUGUUUCUUUUGUAUUCCCAAGAACCACCUCCUUAAUGCAAGCCUACUAUAAUGGUAUACCUGGUGUCUUCACCACAGACUUUCCACCAGUUCCUCCAGUGCAAUUUGAUUAUACUGGUAAUGUGAGCCGGGGCCUAUGGACACCUAGUCGUGGAACUAAGCUCUACAAGUUGAAGUACGGUUCUAGUGUACAGAUUGUGUUGCAGGACACAAGUAUUGUCACAACUGAGGACCAUCCUAUGCAUCUUCAUGGGUACCAUUUCUAUGUGGUUGGAUCAGGAUUUGGCAACUUCAACCCCAGAACAGAUCCAGCCAAAUUUAACCUCAUUGACCCACCACAGAGGAACACCAUUGGAACAAAUCCAGGUGGAUGGGUAGCUAUUCGAUUUGUGGCUGAUAAUCCAGGUGUCUGGCUGAUGCACUGUCACUUGGAUGCACAUCUCAUCUUGGGUUUCGCAAUGGCUUUUCUAGUAGAGAAUGGAAAUGGACCACUGCAGUCUGUCAUACCACCCCCAGCAGAUCUACCCCGAUGUUAAGUUAUCAACAAAACAUCAGUAGUUGUUUGUGUUUAGUAGUUGGAAUUGCAAGAUUCACUAUCGUCUUGCAAUCUUAGUUUUACUAAGUAUUGAUUUGAGUGAAGUUGAUGUCAUGGAUUUCUCUAUGAUUCCUUUCCUAGAAUUGGAAAGUCUCUAGCAAGGAGCUAAGUUAUCAUGUGUAUGAAUUGUUUUCAAGUUCAAAGAAAAGAAUAUCAGAUUUGACGUAA